AUGAGGCGCUCUCUUCCGACCGACGAGGCUCAUCGGCCAUGUCCGCCAGCCUCCGGCUUCCUGCCGCGAGUUGUCACCACUCGCACGCCGCUAAUCAACUCCACGUUCGUGAUUGCGGAAAGAAACCUUCGCGCCCCUCUAUUCGGCGCCAACGACUCCCGGCUUGUGUACGAGGAGACGGCGACGGACCCGCCCGCGUGGAGCACGUUCCUGACGACGGCGAACACCUACGCGCAGCGCAUAUACGCCGAGUCGACCUGGCAGUCCCGCCUCAGCCUCGCGGGACAGUUUAUCCGCUUUUGCCUGGAGUACGGGAAGCCCACCGACGAGCUGAGCGCCGUAGCGUUUUUGGGCGCUCGCGUCGACCUCAAACCGACGACGCUCGUCCAGUAUGCCCGCCAGUUGCGCGGCAUGCUGAGGGACCAGCGAACACCUCUCGACGUGGUGACUCUGGGGUUGACGCGCAUGGCAGCGCAGACCGAGCGCAAGCAGGCGAGACCGUUGGAGAAGGAGGAAUUCGAGCGCUUGUUCCAGGCGCUCCCGUCCUGGGAAGACCGCACCGUCUUCCGUCUUUGCUGGAUUACGGACAGCAGGUGGUCCGACAUUCGGACCUUGACGAAGGAGAGCUUCACCAUCAGGGACGAUGGGACAGUUCUCUUGGACUGGGCCGCCGGGCCCAAGUCCAGCCAGAUGGACCCGAAUCGAGCGUCGCGUUAUGUGUUGAUCAGCGGCGACGAUGCAGCGGCAAUCAUAGCAUUGCUGAAGGCCAUUCCGGGCCCCCAACUGACGGCCCUGACGACGGCAGAGGUGACGAAGCGCCUCAAGCCUCUGAGUGCGUCUGCGCACUCGAUCAAACGAGGGGCCGCACAGCACGCAGCGAGCCUGGUCGCGGAGCUGAAUCUGGACCCAUUUCUGGUACCCCGGCUGAUGAAGCAUGCAAACAUCUUCGACAUGCCGUCGACCUCCGUCAGCUAUCUGGGCCCGACAACGGCCUGGCUAACGGGGAUAUCGGAUUUGGUCUGGUUGAUGUGA